AUGGCACUGGAUUAUAGCCACGACCCAUCACGACAAAGCAAAAACUUAAUUGUUCGCAAAGAACAUCCUUACAAUGCGGAGCCGGACCCAAAAGAUCUUAUCAGCAACUUUAUAACACCUGAAAGAUACUUUUUCUGCCGAUCCCAUGGGUACAUUCCAGACCUGGACGAAGGAACGCAUAAAAUAUCUUUGGAAGGAAUGCAUACAACACCACGCUCGUAUUCGGUUCAAGAGUUGAAAACCCAGUUUGAAAAGAAGAGUGUUAUGAUGGCCAUGCAGGUGAUUUGGGGACCUUGUGCAGUAGGGAAUGCUGUAUACUCCGGUUGUCGUCUCAAAGAUGUUUUGGAAAGCGUGGGAGUUAAGGAAGCGAUGGGACAUACUGCCAUGCUACAUGUUGCAUUCAAAUCAGUGGAAAAGUGUGAAGAAGAUGAAUGUUACGGCUCUUCGAUUCCGUUAUCGAAAGCUCUGGACGAGUUCGGCGAUGUGCUUUUAGCUUAUGAGAUGAAUGGGGCUCCCUUGACGCGAGACCACGGUUUUCCAGUUCGCGUGGUCGUUCCAGGAUAUAUCGGUGCUCGCUCAGUCAAGUUUCUCAAGUCUAUCCGAGUACAGGAUAAAGAGUCUAAUGCAUACUACCAACAGCAUGAUUACAAGAUACUUCCGGAAGAUGUCGCAAACGAGAAGCAGGCAGAGGAAUACUGGUCAAUAACGCCAGCGAUCGGUGAAUAUAAUGUCCAAUCAUUCGUAUGUAAUCCCCAGCAUGGACUUGUUGACCUACCAGAUCUGGCAAAUGCCCAACCUGUAAAAAUACAAGGUUAUGCGCUUUCAGGCGGUGGACGCAGCAUUCAACGUGUUGAUGUCUCGGGUGAUGACGGCAAGACCUGGGUUCAUGCAGAGCUCCUAUGUCAACCAUCAGUUGAAAAGACAAGCGCAUACACAUGGAGCUGGACUUUGUGGACUGCUCAUGUCCAUGCCACGCCUGGUGUCCGGGUUAUCAGCCGAGCAGUUGAUUCUGCCGGUAAUAUUCAACAAGAGUUUCCGAUAUGGAAUUACCGAGGAGUGAUGAAUAAUUCAUACAGAACUGUCAAGCGUGCUGAUGCAGCUACAGAGUGA